AUGCUCGCCAUCCUGCUAUUGCAGGCGGGCGUGAUGUGGAUCGCCGCCGCGCUUCUGGGCCCGGUCUGCGACGGCCGCCACUCGAGUCACGACGUGCUUCAUUACGCGACCGAAUCGAUCGCGGGCACGCCGCUCUACCUCUCGGCGCCGUGGAGCGACGCAGUGCUCCUGGAGACGUGCUGGUGGGUGCCUUUCGCAUUCGGUGGCGCCGGCGUGAUCCUCGGCGCGGCGCACCCCCUGCUCGACCGGCGGUGGGGCGGCGGUCCUCGCGCACCGCCCGGUUGGCCGACGGCGCUGAUCAGCGUGGCUGCGUUUGUGGCGUGCUACGACCUGAGCGGACAGCUGGCGCAGGCGGCGGCGGAGCGCGGCGGCGCCCACCACGACUGGCUGGCGCUGGACGCGCCGCUGGCGGGCUGCGCGAUCGCGUCCUUCCUGCUCUUCGAGCGGAGCAAGGGUGGCCUUUUCAUGAUGGCCCUGCUCGCCCUCAUCGGGCCGGCCGCCGAGGUCGGGUUGAUCAACUGGCUGCACCUGUACGCUUACACGCACGCGGACGCCGCGGGCAUCCCGUCGUGGAUACCGUGGGUCUACGCGGCGGGCGGGCCCGCCAACGGGGCACUGGGCCGGCAGGUGCUGCACGAGCUGUCGCAAAACACAGGACAGCGAUACAGGCGCAGUAGCGAGAGAGCGCGCGACUAG